GAGCAAGCCAGAGCCAGAAGGCAGACGCCGCCCUCAUCUCCUGCACCCGCGUCCCCCACACCCGCGCUGGCUACGCAGAGGCCACCUUCAAGCCCUGUGUAUGAGGAUGCAGCGCCGUUCCGGGCAGAGCCGAGCUCCCAAGGCCCCGGGACCCAGCCAGAGCCUGUGCGUGGCGUGGAGGACUACGGCGAGGCCGGUGGCACGCGGGCCGUGGUCUACACCCCUGAGGCUGUCUACGAGACCACCGAGGCGCCCUACCAAGCAGAGGAAAGCACCUACGAUGAGUAUGAAAAUGACCAGGGCAUCACAGCCAUCGCCCUCUACGACUACCAGGCGGCGGGUGAUGACGAGAUCUCCUUCGAUCCUGACGACAUCAUCACCAACAUCGAGAUGAUCGACGAUGGCUGGUGGCGCGGCGUGUGCAAGGGCCGGUACGGGCUCUUCCCGGCCAACUACGUGGAGCUGCGGCAGUAG